AUGAGGACCAAGCAGGUGAACCUGUUGAUCGCGCUCGUCGCAGUCAUGCUCUUCAGCUUCUCCUGCUUCUGCAUCUCCAAGAUGUCUCAGACCAGUAACCAAUUAAUUAAUUGUAGAAACCAUAUUUUGGAGUUUAAGGAAAAUAUUCUACACAUAAAAAACAAAACUGAAAAAAAUCACCACAAACUGAUGAAAGCCUUGAAUAAAAUGAAGUAUGAAAUUACACAGAGAGAAAAUAUGUCAGGACAUUUGAUUGAAAAGAAUGUGAAUACCUUGGGUAAGGAUGAAACAGUACCUAAGACAUUUGAAGUCUUAAAGUUCUUUUUUCCUCAUCUAAGGAAUGUAGGCCGUAUUUAUCCUGAUUUAAUCAUUGGCAAAGAGAAAACAGGAGUGUCAUUUGCUCUCGGUGUUUCCACUGUUAGCAGAGGAAAUCGUAGUUACCUGAAGCAAACACUGACCUCUGUUAUCUCCAGGAUGACUCUUUUGGAAGAAAAGGACUCUGUGGUGAUUGUCUCUGUUGCAGAUGUAUUAAAUGAAGAUUAUUUAAAAUCUGUUGUUAACGUGAUUAGAAAAAAAUUCAAAAGGCAAUUUAGGUCUGGAUCCUUAGAGGUCAUUUCAAUGCCUGCCUUUUUUUAUCCAAGCAUGUUACAUGCCAAGCAAUCAACUGAGGACUCACAAAAAUUAGAGAGGUAUGACAUUUUAAUAGAGAACUUUGCAAAUCAACAAGUACUGGAUUUCUGUUUUUUAAUGCUGUAUCCCCAACCCAAGGCCAGAUAUUAUUUGCAGCUAGAAGAUGAUAUCAUAGCUAAAAAGAUGUACUUAAUGAAAAUCACAGAUUUUGUACAUAAUAUAACUUCAAAUAAUUGGUUUUACAUUGAGUUUUCCAUUCUUGGAUUCAUAGGAAAGCUAUUUAAAUCUGAGGACUUAACUGACUUUGCAUUUUUUUUAAUGUUCUACAAAGAUAAGCCCAUAGACGUGCUCGUAGGAAACAUUUUUCAGAUAAAGAUGUGUAACACAGGAGAAACUCCUGUGAAAAAAUGUGCAGAACAAAAUAAGCAAAUCCGUAUUCAAUAUAAACCAUCUCUUUUCCAGAAUGUGGGUAUACAGUCAUCACUCCCUGGAUGAGAACAACAUUUCAAAGUAAGAUUUUGA